AUGGCCGAGUACAAACCUGGAUACGGAGGCUACGCCGACCUCGAAGGCAACGGCCGCUUGGCGCCCUACGCCAUUCGCAGCCAGGAUAUGCGCGCCUACAUGGCCGAGUUCGUCGGCACCUUCAUCCUCGUGCUCAUCGGCGAUGGCUCCGUGGCCCAGUUCGUGCUCAGCAAGAGAGCCGCCGGUGACUACCUCUCCGUGAACCUGUGCUGGGGCAUCGCGCUGCUGUUCGGCGUCCACUUCUCCGGUGGCGUGAGCGGUGGCCACCUCAAUCCUGCGGUCAGUGUGACGAUGGCCCUCUUCAAGCGCUUCGAGUGGCGCAAGGUCCCGGGCUACAUCAUCGCGCAGACGUUGGGCGCCUUCGUUGCUGCACUGGUGCUCUACAUCGUCUACUACCCGUGGCUCGACAUCGUGGAUCCGGAGCGCGAGUUCACGCAGGGCAUCUUCGCCACGUACCCGAACCCACAGAUCCCCAACUGGACCGCGUUCGCCAACGAGGUCAUCGGCACGGCCCUGCUCGUUGGUGGCAUCUUCGCUCUGUGUGACCAGAUCAACAAGCCCGCGAGUCCCUACAGCUUCCCCGGCGCAGUGGGCCUCCUACUCACAGGUAUCGGCAUGUCGUUCGGCCUCAACACAGGCUACGCUCUCAACCCCGCCCGUGACUUUGGCCCUCGCCUCCUUACGCUCUUCGGCGGCUGGGGCUGGAAGGUGUUCUCGUCGCACGGCGGAUACUUCUGGAUCCCGAUCCUGGGCCCGUUCAUGGGCGCUGUCCUGGGUGCGGCCAUGUACGUGGGCCUCGUGGAGCUCCACCACCCGCCUCAGUAA